GAAAAUAACAGCUUACACUUUGUUCUGAAAAAACUAGGUUAGGGAUUCUUGUAGGAAGAAGAUGGAGCAGCAACAAGGAAGCCUUGAAAGCUUCUUAUCAUGGGCAGCACAGCUUGGAAUAUCAGACUCCACAAACACCGACCAACCUCAACACUCUCUCUCUUGUUUGGGCCAUUCUUUAUGUGUCUCUCUCUUUCCUCACUCUGGCGGUAGAGGUUUGGGUGCUGUGAGAGACCUUAGGAGGGGUGAAAUUAUAUUGAGAGUUCCAAAAUCUGCUUUGAUGACUACAGAGAGUGUUAUGGAAGAUAAUAAGCUCUGUCUUGCUGUCAAUAAGCACUCUUCUCUCUCCUCAACUCAGAUAUUGAGUGUUUGUUUGUUGUAUGAAAUGGGUAAAGGGAAGACUUCAAGAUGGCAUCCUUACCUCAUGCAUUUGCCGCAAAGCUAUGACGUGCUAGCCAUGUUUGGUGAAUUUGAGAAGCAGGCUCUUCAAGUUGAUGAGGCUAUGUGGGUCACAGAAAAAGCUGUACUAAAAGCCAAAUCAGAGUGGAAAGAAGCUCAUGCUUUGAUGGAUGAUCUCAUGUUUAAGCCCCGGCUUUUAACAUUUAAGGCUUGGGUUUGGGCUGCUGCAACGAUUUCUUCCAGGACAUUGCAUAUACCUUGGGAUGAAGCUGGUUGUUUAUGCCCUGUGGGUGACUUGUUUAAUUAUGAUGCACCUGGAGAGGAGCCAUCUGGUAUUGAGGAGGUAGAGCAUUUUCUAUCUGAUUCUUCAAUCCAUGUUGAUGUAUCAAAGGAGGAUAAUAUCAUGGUAGAUGCAGAGCAGAUUGAUUCUCAUUCUCAGCGAUUAACAGAUGGUGGGUUUGAUGAAGAUGCUAAUGCAUAUUGCUUUUAUGCUAGGGAAAAUUAUAAGAAAGGAGAUCAGGUUUUAUUAUGCUAUGGAACCUACACAAAUUUGGAGCUCCUUGAACACUACGGGUUUCUCUUACCAGAAAAUCCAAAUGACAAAAUUUGUAUCCCUUUGGAACCUGCUAUAUAUUCUUCCACUUCAUGGUCUAAGGAAUCACUCUAUAUCCAUCAAAACGGGAAGCCUUCCUUCGCACUACUAGCGGCACUGCGAUUGUGGGCAACCCCUCAAAAUAAAAGGCGGUCGGUUGGACAUCUUGCAUAUUCUGGCUCUCAACUCUCUGCCGACAAUGAAGUUUUUAUAAUGAAAUGGCUAUUAAAAGCCUGUGGUGCCGUCUUAAAGAAUCUGCCAACAUCUAUUGAAGAUGAUAACUUGCUCAUGAAUGCAAUUGAUAGUCAAGAUAUUUUCAUGGAGUUCACAAAACUCAUGUCUUCCAGGGAUGAGGUUGAUACCUUCUUAGAAGCUCAUGAUAUAAAAGAUGCUCAUGGUUGUACAGAUACACUUCUAUCUAGAAAAGCAAGAAGGUCCAUGGAUAGGUGGAGAUUAGCUGUCCAAUGGAGGCUUAGGUAUAAGAAAGUCCUUGUUGAUUGUAUAUCUUAUUGCAAUGAGAAACUAAAUUCUUUGAUGAAAUAGUGCUCUGAUGGACUUGGUUGCAAUAGUGAACUCUUUUCCUUUUC